UAGACACCCCUUAUCUGGACAAGAUAAGAGCCCCACACUGCAGGGAAUGUCUACCUCGGAGUCAGUUGGAAUAGUUAAAGCCUCUGGCCCCACCAACUUCACUUCACCAUGCUGGCUCGUCAUACAGUCCCGGUUUCUGAAGGGACUGGUGUUUGAUGUAGGUCUUGGAGAACAUAGGGAGGAUGGUCAGUACGUUGACAUACUCUCUUCCUGCGGUCUCUUCACACAGCUGACUCAGGCCCUUAAAGAGAUUGGUCUCUGGACCCCAGCUACCUCCUCAGGGAAUUCUAGCUCAAUGACUACAUAGCCACGAUAAGGGUAACUACUGUCACUGAGUCCCCAUAUAGCUAAACCCUCUACUGGCUUCCAGGCAAGUGCCCCAAGUGUGCUUGGAACCAGUCCUCGAAAAUUAUAGUAACUUAGGAGCCACUGUCUAACAAGGCUUCACAAGACUAUGACUACUAUGACUAUGACAAAUGACUCAAAUGUAAAUGUAAAAAGACUACCCAUUGAUUUUAAAUGGAACGACAGUAGCUGGCCCGACAAGCCCCUGGGGCAGCGGAGCUGAAGAAGUCAAACUGGGAGAGGCCUUCAAGGUGGAGCAGUUUUCUACAGUGGGGGCCACAGUCUGCUCAGUUACUGUGCCCCAUUGGCAUUUCCCAAUGUUAUCCACACACAGUGGCGUGUAUUCAUUGAUACCAAGGGAAGCCAGGCGUCCUCAAAAAAUUGACCAAGAAAAAAACCAUAUAAAAUCAUUUAUCUUUAGUCUCUCUGUGUUUUCAUAGUUGUAUCUCACUGGAGAAAGCAUCCGAGCGAGCGAAACAGCGCCCCUCUGUCUCUGUAUGUGUAGGCCAUCUAUCUGAUGCUGUCUGGUCAUAAAGAGUAUGACAUUGUAGCAUUGAAUGCAAAGGAAGCCAGCGAGCAUUUGACUUCUCUUGAUAAUUUAUAAAAAUAAAAUAAUAGCCAAUCAGCGUUGAGCUAAACUUCAACUGUGAAUGGUCCUGGCGCACCCAAUUUAUUGUUGAAGGGAAGCCAGUUUGGAUUUGGCAUUCUCUCCUAUCACAUCUCAUCAAGAGAAAUCUGUCAUUGACAGAAACAACUUGAAUUGUUGCAUCUCGUUGUGUUGUUGUCCUCCGGUGGCUAGGUAGCUAGCUAAAAUUGGCCAAUUCCUAAAUUAGCCAUGGAUGGAGAUAGGGAUUUGGAUUUGUGGUUUUACUUAAUUCUCUGUGCUGGCCAAUGAUUAUAACAGUGAUUCUGAUCCAACCAUAAAUUCAUACAUUGUGCCCCUGGACUGAGAGGAUGGAAAUUCAAUAUGUAGCUAGAUGUGGAAGGCUAAUAUUAACUAGCUAAUGUUGCCCAUGAAAAUAAGUUAGGCUAGCAAGCAAUCAUUUUAGCCAGGUAGCCUAGGAUAACAAAAAAUAAAAGUGUGUACUGUAUGACAGUCAUCGACCGUUUCAUCAACAUGAAAGAGAGGGAGGACAUCAUUGGCGUUUCUCUACAAGUAGGGUGAGUCAACAUGUUUUUUCUACUUGUAUGAACACACGCACGCACGCACACACACCAGAACCAUGGACAGCCACAUCAUAUAUAGCUUAUGUUGAUUGGACUAAAUUGUUUUUGGUAUCUUUUAGUUGUCGCUGUAUUAGACUAAGCAUAGGUGAUUUGAUGAUGUUGAAGUUUACAUGGUGCAGGAAUAGUGGAGGCAGCUCCUGUUUUCUUUGCGACUUGCAGUAACUCUCCAUGGUUUUAAAUCAAUAGUUGUUUAGUAGUCCGAAAAUGUCAGAAACAUUAACUUGCUUGACCAUGCAGUAGGUCAUGUAACUGUGUUACAUGCAAUAUGCUUUGUGGACGUCACCGGAGAGCGAUUGCUCUCCGGUUUUGUGAUGAAACAAAGGUGUGGUUGAAUUUAUUCUGCCACUGUGUCUUCUUAUUGUCUUGGCCUUAGGCCUAUAUGUCACAGUCGCAAGGCAUAUGUACUAACAGGUUAUAGAACAAACAACGCAAUUACCACCACACAUAGGUUGUAAUAAAUUAUGGCAUUUUUUUCUGGAUUGGGUUCCCCAGUGAUUUUACCCACGCACCGCUACUGUCCACAUGUGCCUGCAACAGUUGAAGUUGUUGACUGAGUGUGGCCUAUUCCUGUCUCUUACUACCACUCUGUAAUGUGUACGCUGGGAAGCAAGUACAGGGAGUGAAUUUAAUUAUAAAUAAUACAUGGAACAAAACAAGAAACACGAGUAGUGUACAGACAUGAAACACAGGAACAGAAUCAAUAACGCCUGGGGAAAGAACCAAAGGGAGUGACAGAUAUAGGGUAUAGGGGAGGUAAUCAGGGAGGUGAUGGAGUCCAGGUGAGUCUCAUGACGCGCAGGUGCGCGUAACGAUGGUGGCAGGUGUGUGUAAUGGUGAGUGAACUGGCGACAACGAGCGCCAGAGAGGAGGAGCGGGAGUAGACGUGACAGUACCCCCUCCCUGAUGCGCGGCUCCAGCCGCAGGACGAAGCCGACCAGAGGGACAGUCCCGAGGACCAGGAGCGGGCCGGUCGCUUCUGCUGAGGUGCGGGAACCUGUUGAGCCAGCUGAGGCAUGGAAGCCUGACGAGCCAGCUGAGGCAUGGGAGCCUGACGAGCCGGCUGAGGCAUGGGAGCCUGACAAGCCGGCUGAGGCCUAGGAGCCUGACGAGCCGGCUGAGGCAUGGGAGCCUGAUGAGCCGGCUGAGGCCUGGGAGCCUGACGAGCCGGCUGAAGCCUGGGAGCCUGACGAGCUGGCUGAGGCCUGGGAGCCUGACAUGUUGACCGGUUGUUGACUCAACACAAACCCAUCUUGGACAGCUGGUUUAGAAGGGGCUGUUGCCGGGGGUGGUCGGUUCAUAUUACUGUAAGUGUUCCUAUAAUGAUUUCUCCCUCCUUUCCUCCUCUAUUGUGGGAUAUGGCCGGCUGUGCUCUGGUGACUCUUGCUCCUCUGCUGUUUGUUUUGACUGAGAUCAUCCCCAAUUGUAGAUCCCGGAGCUGGUUACGCAUUUCCUGGAUAGUAGAGGUUUUUCUACUCACCCCUUCCUUCAGCUGAACCACGCUAGCUGAGACUGAUGGGGACCGAGAGUUUAUUUACAUAUUGGUCAUUUAGCAGAUGCUCUUAUAACACAUUAGUGCCAUCAGACUUUUGAUACCAAUGCAGCAAAUGUGGUGAUAGGUGGCGAAAAAUACAAAUUCAAGUAUCUUUUUCCAAAAUACAUUGGAUUGUAGUUCAGGUCAGUGAAAUACAAAUGACAAAAUACUUUAAAGUAAGGUGGCGAAAAAUACAAAUUCAAGUAUCUUUUUCCAAAAUACAUUGGAUUGUAGUUCAGGUCAGUGAAAUACAAAUGACAAAAUACUUUAAAGUAAUCGAAAUACGUAUUUCAAAUACAUGUAAAAUAAAUACUUCCCAUCUCUGCACACACACACACAAACACACAGUCAUGCUGACCGGUUGUUGACUCAACACAAACCCAUCUUGUACAUCUGGUUUAGAAGGGGCUGUUGCCGGGGGUGGUCGGUUCAUAUUACUGUAAGUGUUCCUAGAAUGAUUUCUCCCUUCUUUCCUCCUCAUCCUUUAUUCCUCUGUAUGAGCAGGAUGAUGUUUCUCUUACCAGACAUUGAUCUCAGAAUGGUUCUGUGUCCCAAAUGGCACCCUAUUCCCUGUAUAGUGCGCUGCUUUUGACCAGAGCCCCAUGGGCCCUUUUUGGAUCCAUGUUUACGGGUAGCUGCAGCCCAUUUGGGAUACGGACUCUGUCUCUCUGCAGUGUCUAAACCCAUCUCUCACUCAGACCACCCUAAACCAAUCAAAAGUCACUCUAAUCAUUUUAAACCAAUCAGAGUUUUGCUGGCCCACACAAUCCAAUCAGUGUGUCCGCCAGCCCUGGUCAAGUGUCUUAAAGCCCCUCCUUUCUUCCUCUCCUCAUCUGUCUCUUCUUUCUUUUCUCCCUCCUUACCCCAUUCCCCCCCCCCCUCUCUCUCUCCCUAUGGUGUCAUUGCAGGUGAAAAUGGAUGACUGUCAUUUCUGGCACCUCUCUGCACACACACACAGCACGCACACUCACAGACACGCCUGCACAUUGGACUCUUGUCUCACACACACAGAGACAUAAAGUCACACACUCUGACUGUCCUGCUGUUUCACACACACUCUCUCUGUGUCACCGUUCCACUCACACACACAUGGCUGGUGUCAUGCUCUGGGUUGCUCUACUCUGUCUACUCUUUCUUUCAGGUGAGUAGUUUUGAUACUUUUUGUAGCCUUGGGAGCACUCUCACGUACACUGCAGUAAGAAAAAUAUGUUGAUUAAACAGGAUGGCGAAUUUGUUCAACAUUUGGGCAUAUAGCUAAACCAACACACAUUCUCAAGUUGAAUUGUAUGUUCACUGAACUUUGAAUUUUAGGUUGAGUGAACAUACAAUUCAACUUGAGAAUUUAUUCUACUUUAUUUGCAUAUUUCCCAGUGUGACUUGCCUUUAGAGUGAAUUGUAGUUACCACCCAUGACUGUAUUUGUUAGCUACAGAGACAUGGUUGUUGUAUUCAAUGGCUUUCGCUUCUGUAGCCUUCACCAAGUGAGUGUCUAAGUGAAAAUGUUAUCUUUAAAAUUAAACUCUUCAUGGAAAUACAUUACAUAUGUGACGCGCUCUAUCAUAGUCAUUCGGAAGUCGUUAUGGCUAAUUUGCAUAUGUGUUUUUGUCAAAAUGUAGAUUUUUCGCUGUUUGUGGGUUUCAUCUGGUGUUAACAAAACGAUGUCUUUGCUUUCAUAUUCUGUAUGUUUUAUUGCCAAAUUCAGAAUAUAAAUAUAAUUAUUAAUCUGAUGAAACAUAGCAACGGAGCACUUUCACAUCAAUUCGGUGGAUGCUAGAUUCUAACACAUCACAUCAGGUUUUCGCGGCACUAAUUUCUCUGCACUAUCAAACCCCCGUCUAUUCCGAAAUCAUUAAUGAAUUGUAAACUACCUAGCUACAUACUUUGAAUCAAACUGCAAUAGGCUAUUUAACCGGAUGAUUUUCCUGUUAGCCCAAUCAAAGCUACUGUAGCGUAUCAUCCGGCAACACCAGAAUGGGAACCCAACGCACCCUAAUCACCUCCAGCGCACCUGCACCUCAUCAUCUCAUCACCACCCCUAUUUAGCCCUGGACUGUUCUAUAUGAUGUUAUGUGUGAUUGUUAAGCUUCGUGUCGUUUACUCUAUCGUUGUUAUUUCUCUUGCUAAUUGUUAAGUAAACCUUGACCUUGUUAAUUCCUGCGUCUGCAUCCUGCCUCUUCGUAUACUCAGUACGUGUCACACCGAUGUCACUUCUAGGACGAAUCCCUGGAUUUAAUAGGGCAGACAUUCGGGUGCGACAUUUGAAAGUCCUCUGUGUGGCGCAAGUACAAAACCUUUUGACCAAUCAAUCAAUCAAAUUAAUUUAUAAAUCCCUUUUUACAUCAGCAAAACCCAGCCUAAAACCCCAAAGAGCAAGCAAUGCAGAUGUAGAAGCACGGUGGCUAGUAAAAACUCCCUAGAAAGGCAGGAACCUAGGAAGAAACCUAGAUAGGAACCAGGCUCUAUAAGAGUACAUGGCCAUUAAUGCCAGAUUGUUCUUCAAGAUGUUCAAACAUUCAUAGAUGACCAGCAGGGUCAAAUAAUAAUCACAGUGGUUGUAGAGGGUGCAACAGGUCAGCACCUCGGGAGUAAAUGUCAGUUGCCUUUUCAUAGCCAAGCAUUCAGAGGUCGAGACAGCAGGUGCGGUAGAGAGAGAGAGAGGUUCAAAAACAGCGGUUCCGGUACAAAGUAGCACGUCCGGUGAACAGGUCAGGAUUCCAUAGCCGCAGGCACAACAGUUGAAACUGGCGGGAUUAGAGGGAGCAUAUGUAACAGUGUUGCUUCCGACCCUCUCCUCGCCCCUACCUGGGCUUGAACCAGGGACCCUCUGCACACAAUCGACAACAGUCACCCUCGAAGCACCGUUUCCCGUCGCUCCACAAAAGCCGCGGCCCUUGCAGAGCAAGGGAAACAACUACUUCAAGGUCUCAGAGCAAGUGACAUCACUGAUUGAAAUGCUACUAGCGCGCACCACUAACUAGCUAGCCAUUUCACACCGGUUACACAUACUUAAGAUCACACAGGACACCAGAUAAGACAGGAGAAUUACACCAGAUAGGACAGACUGCCCCUAGCCCCCGGCACAUAGACUAUUGCAUCAUAGAUACUGGAGACUGAGACAGGGGUGGUUGGGGGACACUGUGGACGAACCAGGCAGGAUAUAACCCCACCCAAUUUGCCAAAGCACAGCCCCCACACCACUAGAGGGAUAUCAACAGACCACCAACUUACUACCCUGAGACAGGACUGAGUAUAGCCCAUGAAGAUCUCCCCCACCGCACGAGCCAGAGAGGGUGCAAAUCCGGACAGAAAGAUCACAUCAGUGACUCAACCCACUCAAGCUGAGUAUAGCAAAAAAAGCCUGGCACGACGUGAUGCACCCCUCCUAGGGACGGCAUGGGAGAGCACUAGUAAGACAGUGACUCAGCCCCCGUAAUAGGGUCAGAGGCAGAGAAUCCCAGUGGAGAGAGGGGAGCUGGCCAGGCAGAGACAGCAAGGGUGGUUCGUCACCCCAGUGCCUUGCCGUUCACCUUCGCACCCCUGGGCCAGACUACACUCAAUCAUAGGACCUACUGAAGAGAUGAGUCUUCAGUAAAGACUUAAAGGUCAAGACUGAGUCUGCAUCUCUCACAUGGAUAGGCAGACCAUUCCAUAAAAAUUGAGCUCUAUAGGAGAAAGUCCUGUCUCCAGCUGUUUGCUUAGAAAUUCUAGGAACAAUAAGUAGGCCUGCAUCUUGUGACUGUAGCGUACGUGUAGGUAUGUACGGCAGGGCCAAAUCAGAGAGAUAAGUAGGAGAAAGUCCAUGUAAUGCUUUGUAGGUUAGCAGUAAAACCUUGAAAUCAGCCCUAGCCUUAACAGGAAGAGGAAUAUGAUCAAAUUUGGGGGUUGUAGUCAAGAUUCUACCAGCCGUAUUUAGCACUAAGUGAAGUUUAUUUAGUGCUUUAUCCAGGUAGCCGGAGAGUAGAACAUUGCAGUAGUCUAAUCUAGAAGUGACAAAAGCAUGGAUUAACUUUUCUCCAUCAGUUUUGGACAAAAAGUUUCAGAUUUUUGCAAUGGCACGAAGAUGGAAAAAAGCUGCCCUUGAAAUGUUUUUGAUAUGUUCGUCAAAAGAGAGAUCAGGGUCCAGAGUAACGCUGAGGUCCUUCCCAGUUUUAUUUGUGAUAACCAUCAAGAUUAAUUGUCAGAUCAAACAGCAUAUCUCUUUGUUUCUUGGGACCUAGAACUAGCAUCUCUUUUGUCUGAGUUUAAAGUCAAAGUAAAAAGUACAAGAAUUGUCGCCUUCAACUUCAUUAUGUCUGAAACACAGGCUUCCAGGGUAGGCCAUUUUGGGGCUUCACCAUGUUUCAUCGAAAUGUACAGCUGUGUGUCGUCUGCAUAGCAGUGAAAGUUGACAUUGUGUUUCCGAAUGACAUCACCAAGAGGUAGAAUAUAUAGUGAAAACAAUAGUGGUCCUAAAACGGAACCUUGAGGAACACCAAAACAUACCAUUGAUUUGUCAGGUGACAAACCAUCCACAGAGACGAACUGAUAUCUUUCCGACAGAUAAAAUCUAAACUAGGCAAGAACUUUUAGUGAGUUUGGUAUACAUCCGGAGGAUAGAGAGCCAUUUUAUUAUGUUCAACAUAGGAGGGCCAAGCACAGGAAGUAGCUCUUUCAGUAGUUUAGUUGGAAUAGGGUCCAGUAGGCAGCUAGAAGGUUUAGAGGCCAUGACUAUUUUUGUGAAUGUGUCGAGAGAUACAGGAUUAAAAAACUCAAGUGUCUCCAUUGCUCCUAGGUCCUGGUAGUUUUGUGCAGACUCGGGACAACUGAGUUUUGGAGAAAUACGCAUAUUCAGAGAGGAGUCUGUCAUUUGCUUUCAAAUGAUCAUGAUUUUUUUGUCGAAGAAGGUCAUGAAUUCAUCACUGCUGAAGUGAAGGCCAUCCUCACUUGGGGAAUGCUGCUUUUUAGUUAGCUUUGUGACAGUAUCAAAAAUACAUUUUGGAUUGUUUUUAUUCUCCUCAAUCAGGUUGGGAAAGUAGGCUGAUCGAGCAGCAGUGAGGGCUCUUCGAUAUUGCACGGUACUCUCUUUCCAAGCUAGUCGGAAGACUUCCAAUUUGAUGCAGUGCCAUUUCCAUUCCAAUUUUCUGGAAGCUUGCGUCAGUGCUCGGGUAUUUUCAGUAUACCAAGGAGCUGUUUUUAGAGGUUAGACUGCAUCUAGGGUAUUACGCAAGGUUAAGUUUAGAUCCUAAAUUAGGUGGUUAAAUGAUUUUUAUUCCGACGUCCUUGGGUAGGUGGAGGGAGUCUGGAAGGGUAUCUAGGAAUUUUUGGGUUGUCAGAGAAUUUAUAGCGCACCUUUUGAUAAUCCUUGGUUGGGGUCUGAGCAGAUUAUUUGUUGCGAUUGCAAACUUAAUAGAAUGGUGGUCCGAUAGUUCAGGAGUAUGAGGAAAAACACAGAUCCACAAUAUUUAUUCCAUGUGACAACACUAGAUCCAGGGUAUGAUUGUGGCCGUAGGUCCCGAGACAUGUUGGACAAAACCCACUGAGUCAAUGAAGGCUCCGAAAGCCUUUUGGAGUGGGUCUGUGGACUUUUCCAUGUGAAUAUUAUCUGCCAUGACUGACGAGGUCCGAUUGGAAUUCAGGGAACUCAAUGAGGAACACUGUAUACGGCCCAGGAGGCCUGUAAACAGUAGCUAUAAAAAGUGAUUGAGUAGGCUGCAUAGAUUUCAUGAAUCAAAGUUCAAAAGACGAAAAUGCAACAACAACAAAAAUGUGUACAUUGACAUUUUCUGUCAUAAAUGUUAGCAACACCUCUGCCUUUGCGGGAUGCGUGGGGGAUAUGGUCACUAGUGUCACCAGGAGGAGAGGCCUCAUUUAACACAGUAAAUUCAUCAGGCUUGAGACAUGUUUCAGUCAGGCCAUGUUUCAUUCAGAUUGAGGUAUUAUCACAAUCUCUUUCAAUAAUGACAGGAAUGAAGGUAUUUAUUCCAGUGAGAUUGCUAAAGCGAACACCACCAGGUUUAGUUUUGCCCGACCUAAAUCGAGGCACAGACACAGUCGCAAUGGGGAAAACUCAGCUGACUACACUGACUGUGCUAGGGGUAGACUCCACUAAGCUGGUAGGCUGGCUAACAACCUGCUGCCUGGCCUGCACCCUAUCUCAUUGUGGAGCUAGAGUAGUUAGAGCCCUGUCUAUGUUGAUAGAUAAGAUGAGAGCACCCCUCCAGCUCUGAUGGAGUCCAUCACUCCUCAGCAGGCCAGGCUUGGUCCUAUUUGUGGGGAAGUCCCAGAAAGAGGGCCAGUUAUCUACAAAUUCUAUAUUUUGGGAAGGGCAGAAAACAGCAUUCAACCAGCGAUUGAGUUGUGCCAGUCUGCUGUAGAGCUUAUCACGCCAACCUAACACUCCACCUAAUUGGGAGGGGGCCAGAGACAAUUACUCGAUGCCAAUACAUCUAUCUAGUCACACACUGAAGUCAUGUUGCGCUUGGUGACCUCUGACUGUUUCAUCCUAACAUCGUUGGUGCCGACAUAGAUAACAAUAUCCCUAUACCAUCUACACUCGCCAGUUUUAGCCUCAGCCAGCACUAUCUUCAGAUUAGCCUAUACGUCGGUAGCCCUGCCCCUUGGUAAACAAAUGUAUGAUCGCUGGAUGAUUAUUUUUAAGUCUAAUAUUUUUCACAUUUAUCCGAGCUAAUGGUGGGAGGCUUUGGCGGCUCAGACCCCAUAACGGGUGUAGGAGAGACCUGAUAAGGCUUGGGCUCUGACGCCAAUCUCCUUGCUUAGUGGGGAAAACCGGUUGAAUGUUUCUAUCGGCUGAAUGAGCGACACUGGUUGAGCAUGCCGACAGCAUUUCUUUCCAGAAAAUGGUCUGGCUGUGGGGACUGUGCAGUGGGAUUAACACUAAUACCUGUAUUUACUGGUGGCACAGACGCCGUAUCAUCCUUUUCUACACUUAACUUGCCCUUGCCUAACGAUUGCGUCUGAAGCAGAGCUUGCAACUCGGCUAUCCUCACCAUAAGGCGAUAGUUCUCCUGUCUAUUAUGAGUACAGCGACUGCAAUGAGAAGGCAUAAUGUAAUUGAGCCUUUUCGUCCAGAGGACGAAACCCGGACGACGCUGGGCCAAUUGUGAGCCGCCCUACGGGACUCCCAAUCAAGGCCGGAUUGUGAUACAGCCUGGAAUCGAACCAGAGUCUGUAGUGACGCCUCUAGCAUUGAGAUGCAGUGCCUUAGACCGCUGCGCCACUCGGGAGAUCCUGCAAAUCUACGUCCAGAUAAAGCGGGGUGACAAAGUUGAAUUUAGAAAGUUGUGUGAGGACAAAACCAAAACUAAGACGUUGGUAAACUUGUUAAAUACAGAGUUUGAUUAAAUGGUUAUUAAGAGUAAACAGCGAAAAAGUUUGGCAGGUAGCCAAGAAGCAACAAACAGCACAGCAACACAGAGACAACGCGGAAAUGCGUUGCGACACCACGUUGUGUUUUCCUAAAUCUUGAUACUUAUAUUUGUAUCAAACGUUCAACAGCUCAAGCCAGUAGACGAACGGCAAAGGCUCUAACCAAAGCCCACAUGAAUCAGAUCCAAAGAGAUGGUCAGUCCUUACUCUCUUGUGACGUUUGUGUGUGUGAGGUCAUAUUUUCUUUAACAUUUCUCAUUUUAGUUGCUGCUUAGAGAGAGACCAGAGCUUACUCUGACCCUUUUUAGCUUUCAACCCCCUCCCCAGUUUUAGCUCUUUUCAGAUAUUGUUUACUCUGUGUGACUGUCACAAAAGUUCAGGUCCUGGGUUUGUGAGAGGGUUGCGUUGGCACAUCAACAUACUGUAUGCUGUACCCAGGGACGUGUUAGACGACACAUUGUUUUUUGAGUAAAGCCUAUACACGUUCUCUGUGACAUGUAUUUAUAAGAGGUGUUAUUUAUCCGAAUGGAAUUUGAAAACUAAGGGUCACAACCAUGAUAUGUGCGAGGACUACAUCGGAUGGCAUGAACAUGUGCAGUGUGAGAGUGUUUCUCUGUCAUACAUAUGUAUGUGCACGCACAUGUGCACGUGAAAAUAAGUGAAUGUAGCCAAUACAUUAUUUUGCUUGUAUGUGUACAAAUGUGUGCACGUGUACAUGUGCACGUAUACAUGUGCACGUGUAUGCAUUUACGUGCACGUGUGUACGCGACAAUGAUGCACACAGACACUGGGUGUGUGUGUGUAAGAAGAACAAUAUGGCUGUCAAUGGAUUUCAUGUAUUGUGUUUUGUAUUAAGCAAAUAGUUGUUAUUCAUUAUUUGAAUAAAUGUCUUAAAAGUAACUGCAAACUUUGACUGGUUGGUGACACUCAGCGUGCAAUGGCACGUAACUCGCUUGAUAUUUGGAGUAGAGAGAUCAUUAGAAAGCUAACAGAUUGGAUUAGUUCAUGCAAAAACACAGGUAUUGAAACUAUUCUGAAAAUCAACCUGCAAUAGACCAUGCUGGGAAAUAAGAUAAUGAUGGGUGUGGUUUUGAGCAAACAUGAAUUUGUAAUUUUACUCAACAAGCUUGUUCAAAUUGACUAAAGAAACUAACACAUUAUCUCAAAUUACUGUCCUUUUGAAGUACACUCAACUCACUGUUAAAGCUGAUUAAGCAAUUGGUUGAGUUGCCCUUUUUACAGUGCAAGACUAUACUUUUUUGUGGUGCACAUGAACAUGUUUUUCUAGUUUGGACCAAAUUGUUCUCUAGCUCUUUUACUCAACAACAUCUUGUUGCAAUAGCCUCUUAUGAUAGUGUGCACUAACCCUGAGCAUGUAGUUAUCAGGAGCAAUUAAAAAUGAUGUUAUUGAAUAAGGACUGGAAGGCCUGCACAGACUGUACGAUUUUAGCUGUCUUCUGAUACAAUUAUGCCGCCCCGGACUACAUUUCCACGUCGUGGGCAAAUUCUUAGAUCUUAAACGAUUGUCGGACAUCAGUUUCUUCCAUUUGCAGAUAGAUUUUUAGUCUUGGCCCCAAGCCAAAGUAAACAGUAUCAUGGCGAAGGGACCUGUAAGAUGUUUAGAGAAAGACUAUAAUCUAAUACUGUAAAUCUGACAGAGAGGUGGCUACUAGGAAAUUAGUAAAUAAAGGAAAUUAUUGUCAUCAAUUAAUUAUUAGCGCUCAAUCAAACCCUGAUCAUGGACAUUUUCUCAGACGGUUGUACUGAUGUUCAAUCUUAAUGCCUGAACAUGUGUGUGUCUCACUGCCCCUAUAGGUACAGUCUCACCUGAGAGUGUGUAUGAAGUGUGUGUCUGUCUGUCCUUCCAGGUACACCUGAGAGGGUGUGUAGUUACCAGGAUGUUCUGGACCACCUCAACCUGACCAGAGGAAACGAUGUGUUCACCUCCACGCGGCCUGUGCUCGACCACACACACCCAACCAUGGUGCACCUGGAUGUUUACCUUUACGCUAUCCUCGCCGUGGUCAGUGUGUGUGUGUGUUUGUGUGUGUGUGUGUGUGUGUGUGGAAGGGGAGGUAAGUUUGUGUGUGUGUGUGUCUAAGAGAGAUAGAGUGGUUUGUGUUAUCUGGUGAUAUUUACAUGGUGUGUGUGUUUCCAGAUUGAGAAGUCCCAGACCUUUGUUCCCUUCAUCUGGAUAGAACUGGUGAGUUCUUCUCUAUUUUACACUGUUAUGUUCCACUCAUUUUCCACUGAUCCACCCCCCUGCUUCUCCUGUCCUCUCCUCCCUCCAGACCUGGAAUAAUGAACGGAUCUGGUGGGAUCCUAGUCAGUUUUGUGGAAUAUCCAGGGUCUCCGUUCCCAAAGAGAUGUUGUGGAUACCAGACCUCUUCAUCUACGAGAUGUGAGUAUCAAAAGCACUCACGCGCACACUCGCCAUUCGAGUGGUCAAUACGGUAGGCUAUCAACGCAUUGCCCACCACCCAUCUGAGCUGGAGGCAGUUUGCUUGUUUAAAACAUAUUUAAUUUUAGGAAAACUGGACGUUUUACCUUAUAUUAGGAGCCAUGUCUUACAUUGCUUCAAAGUAGCCUAGCCAAAAUCUGACCAGAAACACUGAGGGAAACAUUUCGUAAAGACAUUUUGACCUCAUUUGCCAUUGAAACCAGCAUGUUCAAUUCGUUUUAAUAUCAACUUUCCUUCAUUGUCCACAAGCUAAAAGCACAAUCCUAUAAGCAACCCAUCCUAGUUGUUGCAUCUUUAGAUUUCCCCUCUUUCUAAGUUUCUAACUGAGAUUUUCAUCUCUGUCACAUGAAGAUUAUGUUUUAGCCUACAUUGGCUGCUUUAUUACAGUAGUUGUAUGUUCAAUAAUAUAGCCUCUUGGCUGAGACAAUAGGCUUGCUAUUGUCGCAUGUUUCAAUUAAGCUCAAUUAAAAAUGUCAGUUCCUUGUGGGCCUACGCAUACAUAGUAAUUUCUGUUGGUCACACCAUUUUACUGUUUGGAACUAAUUUAACCGGUUGUUAACGGGUUAAUGGGGGUCGGUUAGUCGGCAGCAACAUUUACCAAAAUGUGCAUCCCUAAAUGCAUCUCAAUUGGAAAAUAGUGUUUUUACACAAUGUAGAAACAGAACAUUCCACAAAUUACAUUGUAUUUUCAAUAACAAGUAUUUGUAUAAUUGUUUUUGCUUUUUAUAAUAAACAAAUGUAUUUAUCGGGUUACAUAUAUAUUUAUAGGGCAUAACAUGUAGCUAGAAUACAUAUAGGCCCAAUAUAGACUAUAUCUCAAUCGAUUUAAAAAUAUAUUUUCCGGUGCUCUUACAUUUUUUGUUGUGCUCCUAACUUUAAUAAGUUGGGAGCACCAGUGCACCAAUGAAAACAUUACAUUUAGAGCCAUGCUCUGAGCACAUGGUCACAGUCAUAUAUGCUACUUCUAUAAAUCAUGUUUAGUGUGUUGUGGACUGUUCUUCAUUACACCUCCAGAUAGUUUAAGGCCAUAAUGCAUUCCAUGUGGACAACAGAACUGUUUAGCUGACAGGGCUGCAUUUGUUCUAGAUCACCUUCGACACUAUCCUUUUCUUACCUGGGGUCAGAGAUAGUACCACCAGGAAGAGUAGCUGUUGCUUUAGGGAUGAGGCUAAGGCACAUGUGUCAAACUCAUUUCACGGAGGGCCAAGUGUCCGCGCGUUUUCUCUCCACUCUUGUCCUUGAUUGAUGAAUUAAGGUCACUAAUUAGUAAGGAACUCCCCUCACCUGGUUGUCUAGGUCUUAAUUUAAACGAAAAAACAAAAACCUGCAGACACUCAGCCCUCCGUGGAAUGAGUUUGACACCCCUGUGCUUAGGGAAUGGCAAACAAAUCUGGCAACACAGCAGAUUGGCAAACAUAGAGUAAAUUGAGAAAUCACGUAACUAAACAAAAAGAAGAAGAAACUAUUGGUAAACAUAGAGUUAUUUGAGAAAUCACGUAACUAAACUAAACAAAAAGAAGAAUAAACUAUACCAUGGAACAAAUAAAUGAAUGAUAGUAACAAGCUCUGGAGUACCUUAAAUGAAAUUCUAGACAGGAAAGCUAACUCAGCUCUAUCCUUCAUUGAGGCAGAUGGAUCAUUCAGAACAAACCCCUUUGAUAUUGCCAACCACUUAAGUUUGUUGACAAGACUAGCAAACAUGCAAACAACAAAUGCUGAGCCUUCAUAUUCAUGCAUAACGGACCAAAUAAUGAAAGACAAGCACUGUAGCUUUGAAUUCCACAGUUAGUGUGGAAGAGGUAAACAAAUUAUUGCUAUCUAUAAAUAAGGACAAAACACCUGGAACUGACAACCUGGAUGGUAAAUUACUGAGGUUGGUAGCGGAAUGCAUUGCAACUCCUAUUUGCCACAUCUUCAAUCUAAGCCUAGAAGACGAAGUUUGCCCUCAGGCCUGGAGGGAUGCAAAGGUCAUUCCACUGCCCAAAAAUAGCAAAGCAUCCUUUAAUGGUUCAAACAGCCUGUUACCUUUGGAAAAAAAUGGUGUUCGACCAAAUACAGACUUUCAGCAUGCUUCUAGAGAAGGGCACUCAACAUGCUUGAACUGACACAAAUGGCUGAUGAUUGCUGAAUGAAAUUAAUAAGAAGAAGAUUGUGGGAGCUGUUUUGUUAGACUUCAGUACAGCCUUUGAUAUCAUUGAUCAUAACAUAUUGCUGAAAAAACUAGGUGUUAUGGAUUAACAUCCUCUGCCUUAUCAUGGAUGGACAGUUACCUAUCCAAUAGAACACAGAGGGUUUUCUUUAAUGGAAGCCUGUCUAAUGGAAAUUCGGUGGAGUGUGGCCAGCUUGGACCAUUGUUAUUUUCUGUGUUUACUAAUGACCUUCCACUGACCUUGAAUAAAGCCUGUGUGUCCAUGUAUGCUGACAACUGAACAGUAUACACUUUGGCUGCAACAGUAAACUUAAAAACUGACACCCUGAACAUAGAGCGCCAGUUAGUUUUAGAAUGGGUAACUAGCAAUAGGCUGGUACUAAAGAUCUAAAAAAAAAAUAAAAGCAUUAUUUUUGGGACAAAUCACUCGCUCAACCCUAAACCUCAUCUGGAUCUUUUUAAAUGUUUUUAUUUAACCUUUAUUUUAAAAGGGAAGACAUAUUGAGACCUAAGUCUCUUUUUCAAAUGCACCCUUUGUAAUACAACAUAAAUAUACACAUUAUACACAAAAUAUACUGAACAAAAAUAUAAAUGCAACAUGUAAAGUGUUGGUCCCCUGUUUCAUGAGUUGAAAUGAAUGAUCCCAGAAAUGUUCUAUACGCACAAAAAGCUAAUUUCUCUCAAAUGUUGUGCACAAAUUUGUUUACAUCCCUGUUAGUGAGCAUUUCUCCUUUGCCAAGAUAUUCCAUCCACCUGACAGGUGUGGCAUAUCAAGAAGCUGAUUAAACAGCAUGAUCAUUACACAGGUGCACCUUGUGCUGGGGACAAUAAAAGACCACUCUAAAAUGUGCGGUUUUGUCACACAACACAAUGCCACAGAUGUCUCAAGUUUUGAGGGAGCGUGCAAUUGGCAUGCUGACUGCAGGAAUUUCCACCAGAGCUGUUGCCAGAGAAUUUCUACCAUAAACCGCCUCCAACGUCGUUUUAGAGAAUUUUGCAGUACGUCGAACCAGCCUCAGAACCGCAGAACACAUGUAACCACACCAGGCCAGGACCUCCACAUCCAACUUCUUCACCUGCAGGAUCGUCUGAGACCAGCCGCCCAGACAGCUGAUGAAACUGUCGGUUUGGACAACCAAAUAAUUUUUGCGCAAACUGCCAGAAACUGUCUCAGGGAAGCUCAUCUGCGUGCUCGUCAUCCUCAACAGGGUCUUGACCUGACAGCAGUUUGGCGUCAUAACUGACUUCAGUGGGCAAACGCUCACGCUGGAGAAGUGUGCUCUUCACGGAUGAAUCCCGGUUUCAACUGUACAAAGGAGAUGGCAGACAGAGUGUAUGGCAUCGUGUGGGCGAGUGGUUUGCUGAUUUCAACGUUGUGAACAGAGUGCUCCAUGGUGGCUGGGGUUAUGGUAUGGGCAGGCAUAAGCUACGGACAACAAACACAAUUGCAUUUUAUCGAUGGCAAUUUGAAUGCACAGAUAUACCGUGACGAGAUCCUGAGGCCCAUUGCCUUGCCAUUCAUCUGCCGCCAUCACCUCAUGUUUCAGCAUGAUAAUGCAUGGCCCCAUGUCGCAAGGAUCUGUACACAAUUCCUGGAAGCUGAAAAUGUCCCAGCUCUUCCAUGGCCUGCAUACUCACCAGACAUGUCAUGUUUAGGAUGCUCUGGAUUGACGUGUACAACAGCGUGAUCCAGUUCCCGCCAAUAUCCAGCAACUUAGCACAGCCAUUGAAGAGGAGUGGGACAACAUUCCAGAGGCCACAAUCAACAGCCUGAUCAACUCUAUGCGAAGAUGAUGCUGCAUCAGGCAAAUGGUGGUAUGUAUUACCAGUCAUGUGAAAUCCAUAGAUUAGGGCCUAAUUAAUUUAUUUCAUUUGACUGAUUUCCGUAUUUGAACUGUAACUCAGUAAAAUCGUUGAAAUUGUUGUAUGUUGCAUUUAUAUUUUUGUUCAGUUAUACACAGUACCAGUCAAAAGUUUGGACACACCUACUCAUUCCAGGGUCUUUAUUUAUUUUUACUAUUUUCUACAUUGUAGAAUAAUAGUGAAGAAAUCAAAACUUUGAAAUAACACAUAUGGAAUCAUGUAGUAACCAAAAAAGUGUUAAACAAAUCAAAAUAUAUUUUAUAUUUGAGAUUCUUCAAAGUAGCCACCCUUUGCCUUGAUGACAGCUUUGCACACUCUUGGCAUUCUCUCAAACACCUUCACUGGAAUGCUUUUCCAACAGUCUUGAAGGAGUUCCCACAAAUGCUGAGCACUUGUUGGCUGCUUUUCCUUCACUCUGCGGUUCGACUCAUCCCAAACCAUCUCAAUUUGGUUGAGGUUGGGGGAUUGUGGAGGCCAGGUCAUCUGAUGCAGCACUCCAUCCCUCUCCUUCUUGGUAAAAUAUCCCUUACACAGCCUAGAGGUGUGAUGGCUCAUUGUCCUGUUGAAAAACAAAUGAUAAUCCCACUAAGAUCAAACCAGAUGGGAUGGCAUAUCACUGCAGAAUGCUGCACAUGCAGAGAUCAUCCGUUCACCCACACUGCAUCUCACAAAGACACGGCGGUUGGAACCAAAAAUCUCCAAUUUGCACUCCAGACCAAAGGACACAUUUCCACCGGUCUAAUGUCCAUUGCUUGUGCUUCUUGGCCCAAGCAAGUCUCUUCUUCUUAUUGGUGUCCUUUAGUAGUGGUUUCUUUGCAGCAAAUCGACCAUGGCCUGAUUCACCUCUGAACAGUUGAUGUUGAGAUGUGUCUGUUACUUGAACUCUGUGAAGCAUUUAUUUGGGCUGAAAUUUCUGAGGCUGGUAACUCUAAUGAACUUAUCCUAUGCAGCAGCGUUGCAAAGAAAAAAACUGUCUGAGAUAUGGCUUUUUCUUUGCAACUCUGCCUAGAAGGUCAGCAUCCCGGAGUCGCCUCUUCACUGUUGACGUUGAGACUGGUGUUUUGUGGGUACUAUUUAAUGAAGCUGCCAGUUGAGGACCUGUGAGGCGUCUGUUUCUCAAACUAGACACUCUAAUGUAUUUGUCCUCUUGCUCAGUUGUGCACCGGGGCCUCCCACUCCUCUUUCUAUUCUGGUUAGAGCCAGUUUGCGCUGUUCUGUGAAGGGAGUAGUACACAGCGUUGUACGAGAUCUUCAGUUUGUUGGCAAUAUCUCGCAUAGAAUAGCCUUCAUUUCUCAGAACAAGAAUAGACUGACGAGUUUCAGAAGAAAGUUAUUUGUUUCUGGCCAUUUUGAGCCUGUAAUCGAACCCACAAUUGCUGAUGCUCCAGAUACUCAACUAGUCUCAAGAAGGCCAGUUUUAUUGCUUCUUUAAUCAGCACAACAGUUUUCAGCUGUGCUAACAUACUUGCAAAAGGGUUUUCUAAUGAUCAAUUAGCCUUUUAAAAUGAUAAACUUGGAUUAGCAAACACAACGUGCCAUUGGAACACAGGACUGAUGGUUGCUGAUAAUGGGCCUCUGUACGCCUAUGUAGAUAAUCCAUUAAGAAUCAGCCGUUUCCAGCUACAAUAUCCAUUUACAACAUUAACAAUGUCUACACUGUAUUUCUGAUCAAUUUGAUGUUAUUUUAAUGGACAAAAAAAUUGCUUUUCUUUCGAAAACAAGGACAUUUCUAAGUGACCCCAAACGUUUGAAUGGUAGUGUAUAUACACUGCUCAAAAAAAUAAAGGGAACACUUAAACAACACAAUGUAACUCCAAGUCAAUCACACUUCUGUGAAAUCAAACUGUCCACUUAGGAAGCAACACUGAUUGACAAUACAUUUCACAUGCUGUUGUGCAAAUGGAAUAGACAACAGGUGGAAAUUAUAGGCAAUUAGCAAGACACCCCCAAUACAGGACUGGUUUUGCAGGUGGUGACCACAGACCACUUCUCAGUUCCUAUGCUUCCUGGCUGAUGUUUUGUUCACUUUUGAAUGCUGGCGGUGCUUUCACUCUGGUGGUAGCAUGAGACAGAGUCUACAACCCACACAAGUGGCUCAGGUAGUGCAGCUCAUCCAGGAUGGCACAUCAAUGCGAGCUGUGGCAAGAAGGUUUGCUGUGUCUGUCAGCGUAGUGUCCAGAGUAUGGAGGCGCUACCAGGAGACAGGCCAGUACAUCAGGAGACGUGGAGGAGGCCGUAGGAGGGCAACAACCCAGCAGCAGGACUGCUACCUCCGCCUUUGUGCAAGGAGGAGCAGGAGGAGCACUGCCAGAGCCCUGCAAAAUGACCUCCAGCAGGCCACAAAUGUGCAUGUGUCUGCUCAAACGGUCAGAAACAGACUCCAUGAGGGUGGUAUGAGGGCCCGACGUCCACAGGUGGGGGUUGUGCUUACAGCCCAACACCGUGCAGGACGUUUGGCAUUUGCCAGAGAACACCAAGAUUGGCAAAUUCGCCACUGGCGCCCUGUGCUCUUCACAGAUGAAAGCAGGUUCACACUGAGCACGUGACAGACGUGACAGAGUCUGGAGACGCCGUGGAGAACGUUCUGCUGCCUGCAACAUCCUCCAGCAUGACCGGUUUGGCGGUGGGUCAGUCAUGGUGUGGGGUGGCAUUUCUUUGUGGGGCCGCACAGCCCUCCAUGUGCUCGCCAGAGGUAGCCUGACAGCCAUUAGGUACUGAGAUGAGAUCCUCAGACCCCUUGUGAGACCAUAUGCUGGUGCAGUUGGCCCUGAGUUCCUCCUAAUGCAAGACAAUGCUAGACCUCAUGUGGCUGGAGUAUGUCAGCAGUUCCUGCAAGAGGAAGGCAUUGAUGCUAUGGACUGGCCCGCCCGUUCCCCAGACCUGAAUCCAAUUGAGCACAUCUGGGACAUCAUGCUUUAGUCCAGGUCUGGGAGGAGAUCCCUCGGGAGACCAUCCGCCACCUCAUCAGGAGCAUGCCCAGGCGUUGUAGGGAGGUCAUACAGGCACGUGGAGGCCACACACACUACUGAGCCUCAUUUUGACUUGUUUUAAGGACAUUACAUCAAAGUUGGAUCAGCCUGUAGUGUGGUUUUCCACUUUAAUUUUGAGGGUGACUCCAAAUCCAGACCUCCAUGGGUUGAUAAAUUUGAUUUCCAUUGAUAAUUUUUGUGUGAUUUUGUUGUCAGCACAUUCAACUAUGUAAAGAAAAAAGUAUUUAAUAAGAUUAUUUCAUUCAUUCAGAUCUAGGAUGUGUUCUUUUAGUGUUCCCUUUAGUGUCCCCUUGCGCAAUAUUAGGCUUUCUUAGUUGAGUGACAACCAAUGUAAUUAGCUAGGUUAUCUUUAUCAAAUGUGCUGUUGAAAAUGGUGUUUUACCGGAAUAAGAGUAGCCUAAGCUACCGCUGGAGACAACUCUCAUCUGGCUAUAUGCUGAUCCGGGCUUAGCUGAUAUUGGAUGUUAUUUCGAUUGUUCAGGUUUACCAUCAGCAAUAGUUUUGGUAGUUUUGCUUGAAACAAUCAGUAUUUAUGGUCAUUUUAGAUAUACAUGGUAAAGUUAAUAACUAGGAGCAAUCACUUUUACUACCCGCACUGCAUGGUAGAAGCAGGAGAAGAAGAGAAGCUCACUCUGAGUCCGUCAAAAAUUCCAAACGGUCGAUACCCCUCAAACUCAACUCUGGACCUCGAAGCCAGGUCCACUGUGUUUUUUCAUUGUGCCCCUCUAAUCAGGGACUGAUUUAUACCUGGGACACGAGGUGAGUGCAAUUAAUUAUCAGGUUGAACAGAAAAUCAGUAGGCUCCGGACCUCAUAGGGUAAGAGUUGAAUACCCCUGGUCUAAACCAUUAAAUUAUUAGACAGGGGUGAAAUCCAAAGUUGUGCUAUAUAUCCAUUGUCUAUGUCAUAGCUAAUUUUUAAAGAAAAAUAUUGAUACAAUACUAGCUCUAACACUUUUAAUCUGCAAAAAUGACAAAUUAAUUAGUGGUGAUGACUGAUAGUGGGGUGGUAGAUGCCCAGUUUCCCUUAUGGCUCAGCUCAGGUGCCUACAUACACCAUAGACUUAUACAUCAUUUACACACAAACAGAAGUCAGCUCAGAUAACUCCAGCUCAGAGAGGCCCAGCUCAUGAGCUCCAUCAGCAGCAGAUUUGAAUUAAAAAUGGAAAAUGAAUGUGUUUAUGCAACAAAUGUUAGUGCAUCGAAUCGUAUCGCAUCGAACCAAAUCACAUCGAUUCGUUCCUCUAAUAAAAUCGAAUCGCACCCAAUCGUUUCAGACUAAAGUAUGUAGGUAUGUAUCGAAUCGUCUUGAAAGGGAAAUAUGUACAUCCCAAUUCAGUACAUAAAUACGUAAUAGAACGUUCAAUUGAAUGGAAACGGUGCUGUACUGAAUGACCAGUUGAAAAACGGGGAGGGUUUGGGUUGUGGGUUCAAAAUGCACCGCUGCACUUUAAGUACGUCUCUCAUUGCUUCAAGACAUACCCCGGCACACCCACCGAACAGAGCAAACGUAUCUCAGUCUGUUCAAGAAUGUACGAGAACGUUUUGGGAAAACCUGUCGUUCAAUACAAACCGUUAUGCAAUGUAGCAAACGUUAAAGCAAACUGAAAGCACCCCAGAUCUUUUGCCCAAUUAUGGGCAAAAGAUCUGAUCUGAUUGGUCAAAAGACCAAUUAGUGGCAAAAAGAUCAGAAUUGGGCUGCCUGGGAAAAACGCAGCCAGAGUAGAUCCCUUCCCUGCCCCUACUAGCGCGCACACACUGUUAACUAGCUAGUGAGUCCACAUCAACUACGUGUGUGUAAGUGUUUGUUGUCUCAGGACAGAGAAGCAUGAUGCCCCUCCCAGCCCAUACCUGUAUGUGUCCCAUGAUGGGAUCGUCUUAUUGGAGGAAGAAAUUAAGGUGGUCAGCACCUGUAAGAUGGACGUCCACAAGUUCCCCUUCGACACACAGAGAUGUAACAUCACAUUCAGCUCCGCCAUACACAUUGGUGAGUGGUAGGGUUUAAUAUUUUCCAGGUAUUUUACAAAUGUUCCAUCCUGAGAAUAAAUUACUUUUCUCCCAGGUAACCCGGUAUUUCCCGCCAAAACCGGAAGUGUCAUUCAAAAGCAUCAUAAAGCAUAUAAAUAGGCCUAUGUCUGGAUUGGAUUAGAGUUUUGAUCGAAAAUUCAAUUCUGAUGCUACCUGAGCCUGAUGAGCCAUACAUUAAAUACAUUUUAUGAGCCCUACAUUAAAGACAUUUAUUGAGCCCAAGCCCAAAAAAGCCCAAAUGAUUGUGACGUUAUCCAAUACAUAAAUAUAUGAUAUAGGCUACUGCACAUUACGCACAACAGAAAAACAUAAAAGCCAAUAGAUGUAGCUAGAUAUAUGCUCUCUUGGGUAAAUACAUUAAACUAGCUACAGUAGGCUAAUCUUUUUGCGCGUGAACUGUAUUACUUUACUGUAUUGUAUUAUACUGUAUUAUAUGGACUGGAAUUACGCACAUCGUUCAAACCAUGAUAAAGCAGGGAGAGAACAUGCGAUUCUGGUGCAGCAUAUUCGGCCUACAAAGUUACAAGUAUAGGCUAGGGAAUUUGAUUUAAUUUAUAAAUAUAAUAGGGCCUAUUUGUAUAAUUAGUAGACUGACACAUAUAUACCUUGCAUCAUAUUUCCCCUAAUGUUAUUAGCCUACCACCUCUUUCUCUCUCUAUUGUUGCUUCAUUCCUUCCUCGCUUUCAACAGAAAUGAAAUACAUUUCGUUGUCCUUAUCUUCAUCAUUCUAAUGACAUCCAUAAAUAAUAUAGGACUAGAAUUAGAUGCAGAAGGCUUUCACUUCUCUUCACGAAGAUUUAAUGGUAAUGGGUCUGAAUAAAUAACUGCUAUAGCCUACCGCCAUCGCGCGUUUGCUCUUCUUUCAAACUACCCGUGAGUUCUAUUGGCUGCUGUAUUUAACAUUCAGCAAACAAGAGCUUGUGUCCCUCUUCGAAUAGUCUAUUGGUAUAAGAAAUACUAAAAUAAUAAUGUCCAGCUAGCUAUUCUAGUCUAGCUUUUCCUGCAUGGGACUCCAAUAUCUAAGGAGCGUUUUUUAAGGAGAGAGGCCAGCGGAGCACAGGUGUGUGCGCAUUCCGCAAGAGACAGAGGCUAUUAGUUAGAAGGUUAUUAUGCAUAACACAUCAUUCAUUAGCUAAAUAUAAGGCUAAUACUACAUUCAUUUAUUACCUGAAAGAGGUAGACUAGGACAUCUAUAUAUUGGGCUAUAUAUCAAUCUAGAACAGGAUGAUCUAUUUUAAAAGCAAUUUGAAUGGAGUUGAUGGAGAGAGAAAGACUGUGAGAGAGUGCUCAUGCAUGCACUAAUUUAAAGCAAAGAUAUUCCAGUGAUGGGCUGUUUUUAAAACUGCAGCUGCAAUAAAUAAAUAAAACAUCUUUACAAUGAAAAUAAGGUGACCCCCGAAAGCCAGAUGGAGAUGGGUAAAUUGGACGCACAUUCAGUAUUUAUAUUACUGUAGCAUAGGCUAUGCUGCAGCAAAUGCAGGCCUACCUGUCACAAGAAAAAAAGUUACCAUGAAAUGCUAGGUCUACAUGCAUUGUGAACUGCACUCCAUAGUGAGAUGGGCUGCCUGUCCCCACCCUGAGCGUUGAUGAUUCAUCAUGCAGAAGCCGUAGAGAAGCCAGAUUUUGACAUGCAUAUAAUUUAACAGGAUCAUUUCGCGCCAUGCUGUUCAUAUAAAUAAUUUGUUUUAUUUUGUUUUCCGCAGUUAUUUAUCCCGGGAAAAGGGAGUGGUUUUGGGCGGUAAAUCCCGGUAACCGGGUUCCCGCAAUUGUGUGUGUUCAUGUGAGUGUGUGUUCAUGUGAGUGUGUGUGUAAGGUAUAGGGGGCUUUAGGGGAAAGGGAGAGGGGCAUGUGUGUGUGUGAGUGUGUGUAAGGGGUGGGUUUAGUGGUGAAGGGAGAAGGGAGAAGGGGGGUUGUGUAUAUCCUAAACAAACAGAGGUUUAGUGCAAUUGGCGUGCUGCAUCUGCUGUCUUUAUCAAAUCAUCAUACUAUGUAUGCACACACACGCACAACAACACAAAUAUGGAUGAGUGACUUCUCUUCACCUCUCCUUCUCCGUCUAUUCCUAUCUUCCUCUCCCUCCUUUCCUUCCCUCAGUGACAGAUAUACAGCUCAUCCCUUUCUCUAACUCGUCCCGGGCCACCCAGGCUUCUCGUGAGGUCAUGCAGACGCAGGGAGAGUGGGAGUUCCUGGACAUGACCGUCUCCAGGGGCAAACUAAUUUUCAAUCGCGAGUGGGACCAAAUCUCAUACACUGUACGUCUCAAGCACGCACGCACACACACACACACUCCAUAUAGCUGGAUCUAUGACCAGGCCAGACAUUACUAUGCCACAUAUGACAUCACUGUCAUAUCCUUCUUCCUGGCUCAUCUCUUUUCCUUAGAUAACCAUGAGGAGGAGGCCCCUCCUCCACGUCAUCAACUUUAUGCUUCCCAUCCUGUUCUUCCUGUGUCUGGAUCUGGCCUCCUUCCUGAUCUCAGACCAGCGGGGGGAGAAACUGGGCUUUAAGGUCACCGUGCUGCUUGCCAUCUCUGUUCUGCUGCUCAUCCUCAAUGACAUACUGCCCUCCAUGUCAAACAGGACCCCUCUCAUAGGUUACACACAAAACCACAAACAUCUAGUAUAUAUGCAUAGUCACACACAGAGUAUCUGUGUCCAACGGAUGUGUUAUCUCCCACAAUGUGGCCUGUGUAGUGAUCUUCUAUUGUCUGUGUGUGUGUUCUCCCUCACAGCGACCUACUGUAUAGUGAUCUUUGCCUUCAUGUUGCUAAGCCUGUUGGAGACCAUCUUAGUGACUCACCUGAUGGAGAGAGACUCCGUCCACCAAGAGACAGGUAUAGACCAUGCCCCCGCAUACGACUGACAACAAACCAGACCACACCCCUUGUCACACCUGUGACCCAGGUACGCCACUGACACAAGUGCCUCUCUUUGUGCUGUCGUUUGUAGGCAGGGCAGUUUCCUACAGAGGGGGAAAUAUAACAGGUGAUGAGUAAAAUCAUCAUGACUGCACUACUUUUGACCAGAGCCUAGUAGUGCACCAUGUAGGGUAUAGGGUGCCAUUUGGGAUGCAACCCAUGACAUGAUACAACUGAUAAUGUCAGUGACAGAGCUGUCGAUUGGUUUCAGAGGAGGAGAGGAGGCGUGGUUGCUGUGCCUGUAUCUGUGCUGUGGCUGGAAGAAAAGCUCCAUGUGAACCAUUGCCUGUUGCAGAAGAGGUUAGAUUACCUACUUUAUUUUGGUUGCGUCUCAAAUGGCACCCUAUUCCCUAUAUGGUGCACUGCUUUUGACCAGGGUCUAAAGGGAAAAGGGUGCCAUUUGGGACGCACACAUCUAUAGCAACGUUCUUCAAUAUUGGUCCUAGGUAUCAAAAGGGUGCAAAAUAGUUUGCUCUAGCCAUGCACUAAGAGAUUCCUAACUACACUGAACAAAAAUAUGAACACAAUAUGCAACAAUUUCAAAGAUUUUACUGAGUUACAGUUCAUAUAAAGAAAUCAGUCAAUUGAAAUAAAUAAAUUAGGCCCUAAUCUAUGGAUUUCACAUGACUGAGAAUACAGAUCUGCAUCUGUUGGUCCAAGAUACCUUAAAAUAAAAGGUAGGGGCGUGAAUCAGAAAAUCAGUCAGUAUCUGUUGUGACCACCAUUUGCCUCAUGCAGCGCGACACAUCUCAUUCGCAUAGAGUUGAUCAGGCUGUUGUGGCCUGUGGAAUGUUGUCUCACUCCUCUUCAAUGGCUGUGCAAAGUUGCUGGAUAUUGGCAGGAACUGGAACACGUUGAUCCAGAGCAUCCCAAACAUGCUCAAUGGGUGACAUCUGGUGAGUAUGCAUGCCAUGGAACUGGGACAUUUUCAGCUUCCAGGAAUUGUGUACAGAUCCUUGUGACAUGGGGCCGUGCAUUAUCAUGCUGAAACAUGAGGUGAUGGUGGCGGAUGAAUGGCAUGACAAUGGGCCUCAGGAUCUCGUCACGGUAUCUCUGUGCAUUAAAAUUGCCAUCGAUACAAUGCAAUGUGUUCGUUGUCCGUAGCUUAUGCCUGCACAAACCAUAACCCCACCGCCACCAUGGGCCAGUCUGUUCACAAUGUUGACAUCAGCAAACCGCUCACCCACACGACAUACACAUGCUAUCUGCCCGGUACAGUUGAAACCGGGAUUCAUCCGUGAAGAGCACACUUCUCCAGCGUGCCAGUGGCCAUCUAAGCUGUGCAUUUGCCCACUGAAGUCGGUUACGACGCCGAACUGCAGUCAGGUCAAGACCCUGUUGAGGACGACGAGCAUGCAGGUUUCUGACAGUUCGUGCAGAAAUCCUUCGGUUGUGCAAACCCAGAGUUUCAUCAGCUGUCCGGGUGGAUGGUCUUAGACAAUCCCGCAGGUGAAGAAGCCAGAUGUGGAGGUCCUGGGCUGGCGUGGUUACACGUGGUCUGCGGUUGUGAGGCUGGUUGGACAUACUGCCAAAUUCUCUAAAACAACAUUGGAGGUGGCUUAUGGUAGAGAAAUGAACAUUAAAUUAUCUUGCAACAGGUCUGGUGGACAUUCCUGCAGUCAGCAUGUCAAUUGCACGCUCCCUAAAAACGUAAGCCAUCUGUUGCAUUGUGUUGUGUGACAAAACUGCACAUUUUAGAGUGGCCUUUUAUUGUCCGCAGCACAAGGUGCACCUGUGUAAUGAUCAUGCUGUUUAAUCAGCUUCUUGAUAUGCCACACCUGUCAGGUGGAUGGAUUAUAUUGGCAAAGGAGAAAUGCUCACUAACAGGGAUGUAAACAAAUUUGUGCACAACAUGUUAGAAAAAUAAGAUUUUUGUGCGUAUGGAACAUUUCUGGGAUCUUUUAUUUCAACUCAUGAAACGUUAGACCAACACUUUACAUGUUGCAUUUAUAUUUUUGUUCAGUAUUCUUUGGCAAAAAAAAGUGUUUUACACGUGUAGAGUUCCUUUUUCUCUCAUGUUAAUGAUCUCACAGGCUUUUGCUCCAGCCUAGCACUACUAGUAUACAGUGUCUUCGGAAAGUAUUCAGACCCCUUGACUUUUUCCACAUUUUGUUAGGUUACAGCCUUAUUCUAAAAUGGAUUAAAUUGUUUUUUCCCCCCUCAUCAAUCUACACACAAUACUCCAUAAUGACAACGCAAAAACAGGUUGUUAGUUUUUUAUAUAAAUUAUCAAAAGUUUCAAACUUUUUUUUUUUACAUAAGUAUUCAGACCCUUUACUCAGUACUUUGUUGAAGCACCUUUGGCAGCAAUUACAGCCUCGCGUCUUCUUGGGUAUGACGCUACAAGCUUGGCACACCUGUAUUUGGAGAGUUUCUCCCAUUAUUCUUCAGAUCCUCUCAAGCUCUGUCAGGUUGGAUGGGGAGCGUUGCUGCACAGCUAUGUCUCUCAGAGAUGUUUGAUCGGGUUCAUGUCCGGGCUCUGGCUGAGCCACUCAAGGACAUUCAGAGACUUGUCCCGAAGCCACUUCUGAGUUGUCUUGGCUGUGUGCUUAGGGUCGUUGUCCUGUUGGAAGGUGAACCUUCGCCCCAGUCUGAGGUCCUGAGCGCUCUGGAACAGGUUUUCAUCAAGGAUCUCUCUGUACUUUGAUCCGUUCAUCUUUGCCUCGAUCCUGACUAGUCUCCCAGUCCCUGCCGCUGAAAUACAUCCCCACAGCAUGAUGCUGCCACCACCAUGCUUCACCGAAGGAUGGUGCAAGGUUUCCCCAAGAUGUGUCGCUUGGCAUUCAGGCCAAAGAGUUCAAUCUUGGUUUCAUCAGACCAGAUAAUCUUGUUUCUCAUGGUCUGAGAGUCUUUAGGUGCCUUUUGGCAAACUCCAACAGGGCUGUCAUGUGCCUUUUACUGAGGGUUUGCGUGGUUUCCGUCUGGUUUCCGUCUGGCCACUCUACCAUAAAGGCCUGAUUGGUGGAGUGCUGCAGAGAUGGUUGUCCUUCUGGAAGUUUCUCCCAUCUCCACAGAGGAACUAUAGAGCUCUGUUAGAGUGACCAUCGAGUUCUUGGUCACCUCCCUGACCAAGGCCUUUCUCCCCCAAUCGCUCAGUUUGGCAGGGCGGCCAAUUCCUUCCACCUCAUGGCUUGGUUUUUGCUCUGACAUGCACUGUCAACUGUGGGACCUUAUAUAGACAGGUGUGUUUCUUUCCAAAUCAUGUCCAGUCAAUUGAAUUUACCACAGGAGGACUCCAAUCAAGUUGUAGAAACAUCUCAAGGAUGAUCAAUGGAAACAGGAUGCACCUGAGCUCAAUUUCGAGUCUCAUACCAAAGGGUCUGAAUACUUUGUUUUUUAUUUUGAAUACAUAUGCAAACAUUUCUAAAAACCUGUUUUCACUUUGUCAUUAUGGGGUAUUGUGUAUAGAUUGCUGAGGAUUUUUAUUUAUUUAAUCCAUUUUAGAAUAAGGCUGUAACGUAACAAAAUGUGGAAAAAGUGAAGGGGUCUGAAUACUUUCCGAAAGCACUGUAAAUAGUACUAAUACUAAUAAUAAUCUCACGUUGAUAAUCUCCAGGUCAUCAAUGUUGUGCGAACACCAGGAGAGUCUUGCCUGCUGCUGUUGAUUCUGGAGGACCUACGGGUGGUGGAGCGGACAUUAGCUCUGUUCGCCAGCGGCAGGAGGGAGGGGAAACCCGGCUAUUGGACCAGAGUGGCACGGCGCCUCAACGCUGCCUUCUUCACUUUCUACCUCAUCUCUGUCAUGCUCUUCAUAAGCCUCAUGUGUAAGGAGUGGCUAAAU